AUGGAACGAAUAAAAUUCAAAGUCAACGGUUUGGAUCAAUCUGUGGGCAGUGACGUCAGUUCAGACCUGACACUGCUGGAAUACUUGAGGAUCCGCUUGAGUCUCUACGGCACCAAGUACAUGUGUCGAGAAGGUGGCUGCGGUGCCUGUACUGUUGCUGCUCAUCAUCAGCCUUUUGGUACACCGUAUGCUAUCAAUUCGUGUAUGAAACCAGUGACAUCUUGCCACGGUCUGGAGAUAAUCACUAUUGAGGGUUUGGGCAACAGACUGAAGGGCUAUCAUGAGCUGCAGAAAACACUGGCAGACGAGAACGGUUCGCAAUGUGGUUAUUGUUCCCCGGGAUGGGUUAUGUCUAUGUAUGGUAUCCUCAAAGGAAAUCCUAAUGUAACAAUGCUAGAAGUAGAAAAGUAUUUAGGAAGCAACGUGUGUCGCUGUACCGGCUACCGACCAAUUCUAGACGCCUUCAAAAAGUACGCCAAAGAUGCUUCAAGACAGGUUAAAUUACAAGAUAUUGAAGACCUUCAAAUUUGCCCAAAAACUGGACAACAUUGUGAUAAAAGUGAUUGUGAAGAUCAUGAUUGGUGUUUUGUGGGUCAAGAAGACAUGAAAGAACAAAUUAUUGAAAUCAAGUUAAAAGAUAAUAGACUUUGGUUCCGAGUGCAACAAGUUAAGGACAUAUUCAAGAUUUUGCAGAAAGAGGGAGAUAAUUCUUAUAUGCUUGUAAAUGGAAACACUGCAAAAGGAGUUUAUCCCAUAGAUGAGUACCCUCGUGUCUUAAUAGACAUAAGUGGAGUUCAAGAACUGAGAGGAUAUACAAUAGACCAGAACCUUAUAGUGAACGCUGGGACCACUCUCACGGAGUUUUUGGAAAUACUAAAAACAGUAGCAAAAAAAGAAUUCUUUAGGUAUCUAAACCAACUUUAUGAGCAUGUCCUUAAAGUAGCACAUAUUCCAAUUAGAAAUGUGGCAUCAAUUGCAGGGAAUCUUAUGAUAAAAAACCAACAUAACUGGUUCGCAUCAGACAUAUUCCUGCUUUUGGAAACAGUAGGGGGACAAGUCACUAUACAGAACAAAAUGAAAGGAAAACAAUCACUGACGAUGCAACAGUUUCUAAAAUUCAAUAUGAGAGGCAGUGUAAUAUGGAACGUGAUGUUACCUCCGCUAAGUAAUGAUCAUCACCUGGUUACUUAUAAGGUGAUGCCUCGGUCCCAAAACGCCUCAGCUCUAAUAAAUGCUGGUUUUAUGUACAGACUAAAUAAAGAUAUUACAGUUAAAUCUGCAAAAAUAGUUUUCGGAGCCCUCUCUCCAGCAUUUUAUAGGGCCACGGCUACAGAGCAGUAUCUUGUUGGAAAACAACUGUUUAUCAAUGAGACUUUGAGCUCAGCUCUAAAAAUCUUGAAGAAUGAGUUAAUUGUUGAAGAUAAUCCACCAGCACCAUUCGUGGAAUACAGAAAAAAAGUUGCUUUGGGAUUAUUUUACAAGGGUCUGCUGAAACUGGCUCCUAAGACGAGUCUUAAUGCUCGCUUCGAAUCUGGAGCAAUCAACUUGCCUGAUACUCGACCUGUGUCUAAGGCUACACAGGUCUUUGACAUCAACCACGCAGUAUGGCCUAUAACUCAACCUAUACCUAAACGCGAGGCUUUGAUACAAUGUGCAGGGGAAGCCUUCUACACUGAAGAUCAGCCUUUGCAGCAUAAUGAAGUAUUUUGUGCUCUAGCACUUGGCACGGUCGCAGUAGCAGAUAUUGUAUCCAUCGAUGCCACCAAGGCCUUGGCUUACCCAGGAGUUAUAGCAUUCUAUACAGUAAAAGACAUACCAGGAAUAAACUCCUUCACUCCUCCAGACUCCGUAAUAUAUAAUGGUAACGAAGAAGUUUUAGCGAAUGGCUCCGUCAAAUAUAUAAACCAACCGAUUGGUAUUGUUGUAGCAGAGACCAGAUAUAUUGCUGAUAGAGCUGCAAAAUUAGUUACAGCUACAUAUAAAAAUGUUAAACAACCAGUUGUGAAACUUAAGGAUGCCAUUAAAGAUCCAAAAAGAUCGUCGCUAUAUAUUGCAAUUGAUGCAACUGAUAAAGGUACAGAUGUUGACAGAGUGAUAAAAGGGCAGAGUGAAAUUUAUGGCCAAUACAAUUAUUCUAUGGAAACUUUGGUCACGGUCGUCAAACCAUCUAAUGAGGGGCUGGUGGUGUACUGCGCAACGCAAUGGAUGGAAGCAGUUCAGUUGAUGAUAUCGAGAGCCUUAAAUAUGGAUCAAAACCAGAUUGAUGUCCAUACCAGCCUUGUCGGUGGUGCAUUUGGUAUCAAAAUAUCGCGCUGUGUCCAAGGAGCUAUAGCAGCAGCGUUAGUAGUCAAGAAGCUUAACAGACCAUGUCGUAUCAUUCAGUCUUUGACAACUAAUAUGAGGGCUAUAGGGAAGAGAAUACCUUGCUAUACUGAUUUCCAGGCUGGUGUAAGCAGCAAUGGAGUUUUACAGUACAUAGACUACAGAAUAUUCCAGAAUGUCGGAUACUUGCUAAACGGAACUAUAAUAAAUUAUGUUGGCGUUGACCAAUUCAAUAAUGCGUACAACAGAUCACGUUGGUCGUACAAGAAUUACAAUACCAUUACUGAUGUGGCUAAGAAUACUUGGACGAGAGGACCUGGUACAUUAGAAGCCGUGGCAAUGGCUGAAAUACUGAUGGAAACCAUCUCAUACGAAAUGGGUCUCGAUCCCAUAGAAGUGAGACUAGCCAACCUGGAUGAUAAAUAUAAAAGUAACAUGAAAAAAAUGGUCAACGAUAUAAUUAUAAAAUCUGAUUACGUUAAUAGACGAGCAGUAGUUAAUAAGUUUAACACGCAGAACAGAUGGAAGAAGCGAGGUUUGAGAUUCUCUUUCCUAAGAUGGACCCCGAUAGCGGGACUCAAUUUGACUGUUACUUUAUCAGUAUUCCGAGGAGAUGGUUCCGUAGCCAUAACACAUGGAGGCAUAGACAUGGGUCAAGGAAUUAAUACUAAAGCUGUUCAAGUAGCAGCAUAUAUGCUUAACAUUCCUAUUGAUAAAAUCAUUGUGAAAGGGAACAAUACAGUGAUAGCUCCAAAUUGUUCACCAUCAGCUGGCAGUAUUGUGAAUCAAAAUAUAAUUGUGGGAGUACGAAGAGCUUGUCAAGAAUUGUUGGAUAGAUUAAAACCUAUCAGAGAUCAGAUGGACAAUCCUUCUUGGGUAGAAUUGAUAACCAAAGCAUAUAAUGACAAUGUGAACUUGCAAACCCAUGGGUUCACGAGAACGGAUGAAGCAUAUCCUUUUGUAAUUUAUGGAGUUACGGUAGCUGAAGUGGAAUUAGAUGUGCUGACUGGAGAGUUUGAGUUGUUGAGAGUGGAUCUAUGUGAAGAUGUGGGACAGAGUGUUAGUCCUGAAAUUGAUAUUGGUCAAGUGGAAGGUGCCUUUAUGAUGGGUGUGGGUUACUGGACAUGUGAGCGUCUGGUCUAUACUCCUAAUGGAGAACUGCUGACAGACCGGACCUGGAACUACCACGUGCCGCUUGCAAGAGACGUACCUCAGGAUUGGAGAGUUUAUUUCAGGAAGAAUUCCUAUUCUGAUGAUGCUGUUUUUGGUUCCAAAUGUAUUGGUGAGCCUCCAAUAUGCAUGGCAGUGGUAGUAGCGUUUGCUUUGAGAGAAGCUAUUACUGCAGCUAGACUGGAGUCUGGAAUACCCACCACACAGUGGUUCCAAGAAGAUGGGCCAUAUACAGUUGAAAGAAACUGUAUUCUGUCCUCAACGAAUAUUGCUGAUUUUAAGUUUAAGUAGACAAAAUUGUGUUUUUUUUUUUUAACUACAAAUAUUUUCGCAUAAUC